GUCUAGAUGGGCCCUUCCCACCCUUCUUUCCUCCCAGACUACAUAUGCAAAUAAAAAGAUACGGAAAGCACACAAAAACAUGAGGAAAUAGUCGGUUCAAAAUACCAUGCCAUCAUUGCUUUCCUUCUCCCAGUGGUUUUCAAAAACGUACAAAGAAUUCAGGUUAGGGUUAAGGCAGGCUCCUCGGCAGUUUGGUCUGUGCUUGCUGACAAACGUCCCGAGACGCCGACAAUUAUUGUUCAGGCACUCCUUUUGUAGUCUUGCGAUCGUCUGCCAUUGUCAUCGCCGGAAAUUUCGAGUGCCGACUGCUCCAGGAGGUCACGUAUAUGUAAAUCAUCUGGGAAAGUCCGAUGGGUUCCGCUGCUGCGUCGAUGCUCAUGGACGACUCUGAGCAUCCUACCGACACAGCGAUCCCAACAUCCACAACUUCUUUGGCCCGGCUAUCAUGCACAUCGUGUCGCGAUAGAAAGCAAAAAUGUGACCGGAACCUACCAGUUUGCCGUCGAUGUACGAGCCUGCGUAAUGAUUGCGUUUAUCCAAGUUCCAGAAAGUCAGGCCAGGGCAAGCGGAAGCAGGUUCGCGAUCUGGAAGCUAAAUUGUUCCAACUCGAGGACCAGCUCAGAACAAUCGGACAUUCGGCUGAUGCAGACCGGUGCAAUUCACCGCAGACGGUCAGAAUAGCCGUCUCGUCGAAUGUCGUCUAUUCUUCCCCCGUGGCGUCAAGUGCGGACCAAUCAUGGUUGAGCGAGGCUACGAUUCAGGAAGGACGAGAUGUUGGAGAGCCUCGAAGUCACCAACGUCAACAGCUGGCUGACUGGCUUGCCAAUAGCGAACUGGAACUUACGGAGCUAGACGAUGCCCCAUUGUCACGCGACUUGAUUGAGGAACUUACCACUUUAUACUUCAAAAAUGGCUAUCACUGUUCCCCGAUGAUACACCCUUCUCGCUACUUAGAAUCCUUGCGAUCAGAUGUUCCUUCUCGUCAGCCACCUUUGUUCCUCCAAUUGGUGAUCAUGGCAACUGGAGCGAGCACCGACCCUUCAUAUGCCUCCCUAGCCAUGUCUCUGUACCGUCGUGCUCGCAAACUUGCCGAGCAGGAUGAAGCCAAGGAACCAAAUGCAUUCAUGUUAGCUCAUGCCCAAUGCUGGGUGCUCAUGGCCAGCUUCGAGGCUCAAAGCACACUGUUUUCUCGCGCUUCCCUCAGCCUGGGGAAGAGCAUCAGGAUCGCGCAGAUCCUGAAUCUGCACCAACUCGACAGAUGCCCACAGCCACCAUCUCUGUUUCAGUCUCAUCUUGAGCCGCCGUCUUCGCGAAACCUCGACUGGAUUGAGAUGGAGGAGCGUCGCAGGACCUGGUGGGUGAUUUACUCUGCAGAUCGGUUGGUUUUCGCAACCUCAGCGCUGCCUUCCAUUAUUGACGACCGGAUGGUGCACACGCUGCUUCCUAAACCAGAGGAAGCCUUCACGAGCGGUGGCGAAGAGACGCCUCAAGAACACACAAACACUUUACACCAGGCAUUGCGAGAGAGGUCACCACCCGUUUCGCGUCUGGGAGCACGUGCUCUCGCAGCUCAUCUCUUUUAUCGAGCUGUUGACUUGGAGACUACCGAGUCUCGGCCAGAGGCGCAGGCCGAGCACAACCUAGAAUCUUAUUGGGCUCGACAGCAAGACGUUGGCAAUGAUCUGCUUGCCCUCCUCAUCAGCUUGCCCCGAGAUCUCCGCCUCCCUGCCAGUAUUGGGUGUCAAGAUACUAUCUAUAUCCACGUCCUGAUACACACCGCCUUGAUGUGCCUUCACAAGACCGCAAUACGCAAAGCAGCCGAAGAUGGAGGGCGGGGGACUGAGGCAAGCUUUGUUAAGGCGCAGGGCCGGAGCAACUUGCUUGCUGCAGCUGCGCAAGUCAUCGCCAUCAUCCGAUCAAUCAGAGAGGAGGACUUGACCGAGGCACUGAAGAACCCGAUCCAGGGCUACGCAACGUACAUUGCAUCGCUGGUGUUUCUUGAAGACUUUGCGCUUACCCGCUUUGAGGGCAGCAGGGCCAAUGUUGUUUAUCUCUUUGACAUGUUGCAAAGGUUCAGUCAGACACACCCGGUGGCAAGAAUGCUGGCUGGUCAGCUUGGUCACGAGCUGGAGAGACUGGAGGUUGGGGAUACGGCUAUGGGGUAG